AUGGAGGAGGUGCAGUGCUACAUGGGCACCUCUUGCCAAGUCCGAACUAUCAUACCACACCGUGUACUGGACGGAAAGCAUAGAAAUCACGCCUCUGAUGGGCAAAGGAGUUCCGAUAGUGAUACAACAGGUUCAAGACGACCCGAGACAUUAGCAAAUGCCCUUGAGUUAUGUUUUAUGGUUUUUACGAUCCGUGGAACGGAUGUAAUGCACCCAGGAAAUACAGAGACUCAGAGAAUUCCAGACAACAAAAAAGCUAGAAAUAUACGGAGUACAUCGAAUCCGGACAAUUACCAUUCCGAAUAUGGUGGAACUGAGUGGAAGACAUUUAUAAUGAAAAAGUGUGUAUCGCGAUGGACUUCGCCUAGUCUGGGAAUUCUCCGCGAUACAAAUCCUCUUCUCAUUCUUGUUGAGGCUCAAUGUGAGGGGGUGUGCAAGUCGUGCAGGGCAGGUGGUGCUGCAGGUCGCGGAGCCUUCUACUUCCACGACAUGGCUUGUGCAACGAUGACCCCUUCAUAUCAUUCACACAUGUCAGGAACUGAACCAUAUGCGAGUCGUGACUCGUGCAGCAAUAGAAGGUUUGCGCAAUUAUGA